CCGCCGCCUGACCAGGAAAUACAGCCGGGCGGAGAGGCUCUCCCCUCGGACUGACCGGGGAUGGUGAGGAGCGGAUCCGCUCUGCGCGCCACGAUCAGCCGCCUGCAGCGGGGCUGAUGUGCAGAGAGGAUUUCCUGUUCUAAACACGGACUGAAGCCGUGGAGCUGUUCCCCCGAAUAAAGAGUCUGGCCGGAGCUGUCAGAACCACGCCUAUAGGGGCCCACAAUUGGUCCAGAAAGCGUAAAAUCAGCAAUCAAAGGGGCUUGGUUCAUUAGUGCUGAGGAUGGAGGCAGGAAAGACAUGUGAGAUAGUAACAGAUCAGCAGUGAACGGGGCCACAUCUCCUCAGUCAGGCUGGAAUGACCGGAGCAGGACGGACUUAGUGCAGCCGGGCUGAGCCGCCACAGCGCCGCCGACACCGAGGGACGCAGCCGAGGCAUCGAGGGGGGAAAAGGCACCGGCAACAAUUCUGGGCUGUUUUCUGCGCUAAAACACCGAGACUGUUUGGGCGAGCGGCUGCGGGCGUCUGCGCCGCCUGGAAGAAAUAAUCUGCGGUCGGAGCGCAGAGCUGCGCUGGCUGCUGGUCUGCGCGGAGAGACACUCAAUCAUCCAUCGUUGUUUCACUUCGCUUUUUUGUGGAUGCACCGAUGAGAGAUCCAGUUUUUACAGGGACUGCAAUGGCUUAUCACCCUUUCCACCCACACCGGCCGACCGACUUCCCCAUGUCCGCCUUCCUGGCGGCGGCGCAGCCCUCCUUCUUCCCUGCGCUCAGCCUUCCUCCCGGGGCGCUCACCAAGCCCAUCCCGGAGCACGGCCUGGCCGGAGCGGCGGAGGCUGGGCUGCACCCGGCCCUCAGCCACCAUCAGGCGGCUCAUCUCCGCAGCAUGAAGAGCCUGGAGCCCGAGGAGGAAGUGGAUGACGACCCCAAAGUAACGCUGGAAGCCAAGGAUCUUUGGGACCAGUUUCAUAAACUCGGGACUGAAAUGGUUAUUACCAAGUCUGGAAGACGGAUGUUUCCCCCGUUCAAGGUGCGGAUUAACGGCCUGGAUAAAAAAGCCAAAUACAUCCUGCUGAUGGACAUCGUGGCGGCGGACGACUGCCGCUACAAGUUCCACAAUUCCCGCUGGAUGGUGGCGGGCAAGGCCGACCCGGAGAUGCCCAAGAGGAUGUACAUCCACCCGGACAGCCCGGCCACCGGCGAGCAGUGGAUGGCCAAACCUGUAGCCUUCCACAAGCUCAAGCUCACCAACAACAUCUCCGACAAGCACGGAUUUGUCCAGACCAUCCUGAACUCCAUGCACAAGUACCAGCCCAGGUUCCACAUAGUGCGGGCCAACGACAUCCUCAAGCUGCCCUACAGCACAUUCAGGACCUACGUGUUCCCGGAGACCGAGUUCGUGGCGGUGACCGCCUACCAGAACGACAAGAUAACGCAGCUAAAAAUCGACAACAAUCCUUUUGCCAAAGGAUUCAGAGACACUGGAAACGGCAGGAGGGAGAAAAGGAAACAGCUGACCAUGCCGUCGCUGCGGAUGUAUGAGGACCAGUGCAAAGCGGACCGUGAAGGCGCGGAUUCGGACGCCUCCUCCACUGAGCCUCAGGCCGGCCGGGAUGGAGUCCAGUCCCCUCUGGGCACCAGCAGCAGCCCGCUGAGGUUCAGCAGGACCAGCAGAGAUGAGAAGGCGUGCACAGACAGCGAGCAGGAGCUGGAGCAGCAGGACGAACGCUGCACGGGCUCCAACAGCCCAGGGGCCGAACCCGUGUCCCCCUACAGCUCCAGGUGUGAGGAGCGAGCGAGGGAACGGCCCAGUGCAGAGAAGAAGGACGAAUCCAUAUUCAGUAUAAGGAAUCUGGAGAAGGACAAAUCAGAGAGCAGGCACAGGAAGGACACCACGGAGGCGUUGACAAAGGACCCUGAGGCUGGAGGCCCCGGGGCCACUAAGGACACCUUCUCUCCUCUAGUGGUUCAAACUGAGAGCCCCUCACACUUCAGCCCAAGUCACUUACAAAGCCUGGCUCUGUCUGGGCUUCACAGUCAGCAGUUCUUUAACCCCCUGAACACCGGAUCACCGCUUUUGUUUCAUCCUGGCCAGUUCGCCAUGGCCCCCGGAGCCUUCUCUGCUAUGGGAAUGGGGCAUCUACUGGCCAGUGUUUCUGGAGCCGGCGCUUUGGAAAACGGCAGCCUCUCUGGCCAAAGCGCAGGAGGAACGCCCAGCCCCUUCCCCUUCCACCUGUCCCAGCACAUGCUCGCCUCUCAGGGCAUCCCCAUGCCUCCCUUUGGGGGCCUCUUUCCCUAUCCAUACACCUACAUGGCAGCUGCAGCUGCUGCGGCUUCAGCUUCGGCCUCGGCUCUCCCUGCCACCAGCACCCCCAGCCCCCUCUCCAGGAAUCCCUUCCUGGGCUCGUCCCGCCCCCGCCUACGCUUCAACCCCUACCAGCUCCCCGUGUCUCUGCCCCAGAGCUCCAGCUUACUCACCACAGGCCUGCCCGGCAGCCUGGGCCUGGGCUCCGAGUCCUCCAAACCAGGCAGCCGGGAGAGCAGCCCGGCCCCCGAUCACCACAGCAACCAUAAGACUGGAGGGUCGUCUGGAAGGACGGCCUCUCCCAAAAGCUCCAUGAAAGACUCUGUAAACGAGCUGCAGAGCAUCCAGAGACUGGUCAGCGGCCUGGAGGGGCAGCGGGAGCCCCCCUCCAAUGCAGACUCUCCCAAGUGAUUAGGACUGAGCGCACGGGGGCCAGGGCAGUUCAGCACAUCGCAGAGACUGAUAUGAGGGUCUGACAGAUGAGAAUCAACAAAGAUAUUUUCAGAACAAAUCUGCAGGUACAUAAAAAUAUACUCCAUGAUAAUAAAUCAGCUUUUUUAAAUUCACAAGUAUUGAAGGUUUCCUACUGAGCUGAAUGGUUUACAGAGGAAAUAUCUCUAAGACAUUUUCACCAGAAGCACGGCUGAGUCCUGCUGCUUGGACACCCCCACCCCACCCCCCCAAAUGGAUUUAAAUAAACUCCAAAAAUCACAAUUGCAAAGAAAACUGAAACUAUGGAAUUGAAGUCAUGAAAUAAAAGAGUAAAGCAGCAGCAGAGCGGUUGUGUUAGGGAGGAGGCCUGCAGCGGCCAUGUUCUGGUAGAACCCGUCCGAACCUGCAGCUCCACAUCCACAUGCUGCACUUAAAGCUUUCAGCUGGUUUUUUUAAAUCUAUCUGAUUAUUUUUUUUUGCAAAACCGAGCCUUGAACGGGAGCCUGAUGACGGCAGGUCUGCUUAUUUCACAAAAAGGGAUGGAAGGUUUAAAAUCUGUCCCACAGGGACGGUCCACCCCCCGCUGGGUGCCGGUGCCGCCCCCAUUAGGUUCCCCAGCCCAGGUGAGAAAUAUUAGCCUAUUUCAUGCCAGAAAUAUUCCUUCUGAACUAUUUAUGUAAUUAAGAUUUUCUGUAAAUAAAGCAAAGAACAAGAAUAUGCAAUUGGUAUUAAUUUAUUCAGUGCUGUAUAUUAGCCUGUACAUACUUUAAAGUGAUUUUUUUGUUGUUGUUGUUUCCCCUUCUUGACACCCCCCCCCCCCUGUUUUACAUGAACAUAUAUUGUAAAUUGGAGCUUAUUUAGCGCUUAUUGGUUUUAAAACAAUCAAUUGGAUGAAGCAUCACAGAUUUUUUCUUUAUUUUAAAAACAUUUUAGGAGAGGAGUGUGCCAUGUUUUCAUCCACAAACACCAAAAAUAGAGGAACAGGAAGGAGUCCGCACGGUUAAAAUAAAUAAAACAGCUCAGGUUAUUUUAUUAAAGUCAGGAGUUCCUCUAUGAGCAACAUUCAUCCUCAUGAAUAUAUUUAAAGAUGGAACCUUCCUGUUUAUGCUGGUUUUUUUUCUUUUCUUUUCUUUUUUUUGGAGUUGUCUCACACUUUCAAUAAAAAAUGGUUGUUCAUCA